AUGUUUUCAACAAGAAGCGAAUAUGAUAGAGGGGUAAACACCUUCUCUCCAGAAGGUAGACUCUUUCAAGUAGAAUAUGCAUUAGGAGCUAUAAAGCUGGGUAGUACAGCUAUAGGGAUAUGCGUAAAUGAUGGAGUAAUUUUAGCAUCGGAAAGAAGAAUUCCUUCCCCUUUAAUAGAGAAAGAUUCUGUAGAAAAAUUAUUACCUAUUGAUGAUCAUAUAGGAUGUGCAAUGAGUGGAUUGAUGGCAGAUGCAAGGACAUUGAUUGAUCAUGCAAGAGUAGAAUGCAAUCAUUAUAAAUUUAUAUAUAAUGAAAACAUAAAUAUAAAAUCUUGUGUAGAAUUAAUUUCUGAAUUAGCAUUAGAUUUUUCAAAUUUAUCAGACUCUAAAAGAAAAAAAAUUAUGAGCAGACCUUUUGGUGUUGCUUUAUUAAUAGGAGGUGUUGAUAAGAAUGGUCCGUGUUUAUGGUAUACAGAACCUUCUGGAACUAAUACCCGAUUUUUAGCUGCAUCUAUUGGGUCAGCACAAGAAGGUGCAGAACAAUUAUUACAAGAAAAUUAUAAUAAAAAUAUGAGUUUUGAAGAGGCAGAAAUUUUAGCCCUCACUGUAUUAAGACAAGUAAUGGAAGAUAAAUUAUCAUCUUCAAAUGUUGAGGUAGCUGCAAUCAAAAAAUCAGAUCAAACAUUUUAUAAAUACAACCCAGAAGAUAUUACUAAAAUUAUUGAUUCAUUGCCUUCUCCAAUAUACCCAACGAUUGACAUGACAGCAUAA